AAAGAAGGAACUGGCGUUGGAGUGCACCAAUGUAGAAGAAACGCAAUGGAUUUCUAGUAAACAAAUCAGCGACGGGAUUGAUUUAUUAAAAUACGUGACAGUGAACCCAAAAUAUGACAAAAGAAGACUUGUUUAGUCUUCACUAUUACAUUUUGGUAUGAUCGAAACUAGCGAAAUUCUGGAUCUUACCGACGGAAACUCUGCGGAACGGUCAAACGAUGACCAUCAUGCUCAUCAAGCCCAAGGAGCAGUUCUCGGUUCUGCUUCUGGGCAUUCCCAUUUACCCGGUAGGCAGACCACCCCGAAUGUCUCAACGCUUGAUACAGUAGAUGACAUAUCAGAAAUGACUCCUAAAGAUGAGCUUAAUGCCUCCAGUUCCUUGAUAGAUUCAGAAUUUAAAGAUGUGAAAUCUGGAUUUGAAGAGCUCUGCCCAGUGUGUGGGGAUAAAGUGUCAGGCUAUCACUAUGGCCUUCUCACCUGCGAAAGUUGUAAAGGUUUUUUUAAGCGGACAGUUCAAAAUAAAAAAACUUAUCAGUGUGUUGACAGCCGCAAUUGUCAGAUAGACAAAAGUCAGCGCAAACGAUGUCCUUAUUGUAGGUUUCAGAAAUGCCUCAGUGUUGGUAUGAAAUUAGAAGCUGUAAGGUCAGACCGCAUGCGCGGUGGCCGCAACAAAUUUGGACCAAUGUACAAACGAGACAGGGCCUUGAAGCAGCAGGCAGCACGCCAUGCACAGGUUAUACAGGAUGCCUGUCCAGAUAUGCCAAGGAUACCUUCUAGAAUGUAUACAGGUGGUCAGCCACCUGGCUCUCCUGAAGAUGUCAAACCAGACCCUCUCCUAUUGCAGGCCAGCCUGAAUAUGUAUUCUGGUGCCAUAUCUACUCCAACUACCUCAAAUUUCAUGCCUGGUAUAAUGUCUGGCCUUAACUGUCUAUCAGCCACUGCCACCACACCGUCGUCCAGUGUGUCUUCGGGUGGAGGGCAUAAUGGUGCCUCUUCCCCAUCCCCUCCGGCCCACACUCACCAGAUGCCACACAGCAACCACCAUGCCUCUCAUCAGGUUCUAGUCCCCUUGACAGCAUCUCAGGGUUUCACGCCCAGUUUUGGCCACAUGCCAACCUUGGCCGUGCCUGAGGCACCGAAAAUUCAGUAUGUACAGCACCAACAGCAGCAUCGCCAUCAUAAUAGUAACCAGCUCCUUCACCAGCCUCAGAACAGUCCAAUGGAGAGGGACAACAGUCCCCCAGGUGGGCACCACCAACAGCACCACCAGGUGGCCAUCCCUCAGCACAUGCAGGCUCUGUCUGACAUUCAGAUCCAGCCCAACCUGAACCAGGCACAGCUGCACAACGUCAGGCGUCGCCAGGCCAAUAACAAUAACAACUCUCUGCUAGCCAUGGGUCAGGAUAGUGAGACCAGUUUUCCUACAUCCUCCUUGCAGGCCAGUCCUAAUGUGAUAGAGGCUCUUAGAGCCUUCCAGAUACAAAGUCCUAUGAACCUGGGACAUUCAGAGCACUCUGUGUUAUCCCCUCUCAUUGCUGAAAUGAAAUCAACCAUGGGAGAUGAAGUAGAGGUGAAGCACAAAAUAUUGAGCUUGUUACAGAACGAACUGUCUCAAAUAGAUGUUUUGUCCAACCCUGAACAGUUUCUUCCUGUCUUGUGUCGUAUUGUGGAUCAGCUUCUGUUUUUGAUGGUGGAAUGGGCCAGGAACUCUUCUUUCUUUAAAGAAAUUAAGGUUGAAGACCAGAUGAAGUUACUACACAGCAGUUGGAGUGAGAUACUUAUCUUAGACUUCAUGUACAGGAAUGUCCACAGUGUCUGGGGCAAGGAUAUCAUGAAACCGAAUGGUACAGGUAUUGGUUUUGAUAUCCUGGACAAGAUUGGUCUCGGAGAUGUGAAAGCUAAAGUGUUUGAACUGAUCAAGAAAGGGAAAGAACUCAAGCUGGACUCCAAUGAAUACAUGUGCCUUAAAUUUCUGAUUCUGCUUAAUCCUGAUGUUUCUGGCCUAGAAAACCGAAACUUCAUUGAACAGAGUCAGGAGAAGGUUAACGCUGCCUUGUUUGAAUACUGCCUGUUGUUCUACCCAGAGAUGACGGACAAGUUCAGCCAGCUUCUCAUGAGGCUCCCUGAGAUUCGCCUCAUUUCAAUUCGUAUGGAAGACUUUCUCUAUUUUAAGCACAUGAGCAAUGAAGUGCCUGACCAGACUCUCCUUACUGAGAUGCUUCAUGCCAAGAGAAGAGGCUGAAGCUUUUUGUCAGCAGUUGUAUUCAUUUUUAUUUACAUGUCAUGCUUUGAGUACUAAAGACCAAGACUGUCCAGGCUAAACACAUAAGAGGGGAGGCUAAUAAGACUUACUUUGUAUACAGAGUUGUUUGGCCAUAACUUGGCAAAAUAGAAAAUAGCAAAACUUUCACUUACAAUAUGUAUAGACGUUUUCUGGAACAUCAAAAUAAAUAAGCAUUUUAAAACCAUCUGUUGAACAUGUCAAAGGUUAUAAUUUAAAAGCCUAGACUUUUGGGUUAUUUUUAUAUUUUUUUUUGUUAUUUGGCUUUGUGUUAAGUGAUCCUGGCACCAAAGCUUGAAACCCUAUCUUUCAUCUGGAGUGUGAGCAAAGUGGCUGGCUGUGUGACCAACAAAAUCACUACAUACUCCAAACAUGAUAUUGUUGCGUACAAGCAAUGUGAUGUCACAGUUAAAUCCUUUAUGUGAUGACAAAAUGACGGUGGCAUAUAUCUGUGUAUGUGUUUUAGGGGUAUAUCAGUUACACAUGAGGAUACAAUAUAUUUUUAUUUUGUAAUUGAUGUCAUGCACCCUCUUUUUUUCUUGUACGGGUUCGAUUAAAUAUCAGUUUUAAUGUGAACACAUCUAGUGUAUUUUUUAGUGUUAAUUUUUUAUUUUCAAUCACACAAAGUAUUUUUUUUUUGUCUUUUAAGUUAUAAUUGAUGUGAAAAUUUGAAAAUAUUUUUGUUCCAUGUGUGUGGUUUUUUUUUAAAAUUCUUAUUUAAUAGCUACUAUGUAGAUAUUAUUUUUAUUUCUGAGUGGAAUCCGUUAUUGUGGAAAAAAUUUGUUAUGGAAAAUCAUUUCUGGAAAUCUGAGAAAGAUUAACAAAAAUUAAUAAAGUUAUAAUGCCAAGUUGUUAGCUAUGAGAUAUAAACUUUUUUUCAUUAUGCAAAACAGUCACUCUCAUUAUAAAAAAAAUUUCAUUGUGAGCUUUCAUGAAAUACAUGUAAUUUAAUUAACACCUUUUCUUACUAUUUCGCCAGUGCAGAGUUAUUUAAAAACAAAAAUAUGUUGUUUUUUUUUAUAAUUUUAAUGACUGAUCAAUGUAGAAAAUUUUGUAAAGAAAAGUCCAAAACAAUAUUUUUAUUCAUUUAAUUCAAUACAUAUCUAAUUUAUUUAGUACUAGAUGAAGAACUUUGUAUACAGGUGUAUAGUCCCACUUUUUUUAUCGAGUCUAGAAACUUGAAAACUCAAUAACACAUUAAUUGAAUUUUGAGACACAGAUUUCUAGAUCGAUACGAAUAAGACUAGGCUCUAGACAUUAGAAUAUAGGGAUUUAUCAAGGCUAGUAAGUUGACCAUAUUAAUGGUUAUUUUAUAAUUAGCAUAAUUUUAUACUUUUAUAACUAAACUAGUGGAGCCUUUGACCUCCUGUUAGCCAUUUCCUGUUUUGGAAGAAGUUCAUGUGGCUUGUCAACUUUUUCUUGAACACUUCCAAUACAUGAAGUUUUAUUCAGAACUUAACACUGAAAUAUCUAUUCUAAUUCCUUCAUUGGCAGGACCAAUAGUUAACAUCAAAAAGGUGGAUUUUUAUUUUUAGGAUAGACCAGGAAUGUCACUGCUAAAUACCUGGUGUGUCAUUUUUUAAACUAAAUGUAUUUGCAUUAUUACCUCACUGAAGAAUUCAUAUUUUCCCCCCUGAAAAAAAAAUGGAAACGCUAGUCUCGGAACCCUGGUGCAGUUAUUAUUUGUUGUUGUUUUUUUACUACUGUUGGCUCUUUUUAAAAAUAAAAUGUUUUUAAUUGAUAAUUUUCUUUUUUUUUUUUUUUUAUCUGAAAAUUUCUAGAUUUUUUUUACUCAGAAAUGCCAUAAAUAUAUAUAUAUAUAUAAUUUUAUUUAACCCACUGGAGUAAAAGGACUCUCACCUCCAUUAUAAAAUUGUGUUUAAUGGGAAAUCCAGUUACCGAUGGAACAGUGACUACAUCAGAUGCAUUGGACAUUUGUUAUUUAUAAUGACAUAAAGUAGAAAGUAAAGUUACAUAACUGUGUAACCAUAAACACAAUGAGUGCUAGUGUCACCCGUAGCCUUGCAUUCUAUGUAGUGCCCCUUGAUUGAUUUGCAAGUGUUUAAAUGGGAUGUCCUUUUUAUUUUUGAUCUACAUUAGGUGACAAGUCCAACUUUUACAGCUGUAAAUUAGUCUUACUUUUAUCAAUUACCUUGUUUAUGUAAGGCUUAUGUUUGUUUAAUGUUAUCACAGUAUUGAUUUCCUAGGCCUUGUCUUAUUGUUUGUGUGAAAUCUAGUUUCACACUCUACUCAAUAUAUAUAUAUAUAUCUAUGAACAUAGAGAACAUUUCCUUUCAUUCGUCUUUUGUUGUCCCUUUUUUUUUUUUUUUGACUAUUCCAGAGUUGUUACUGUAUAUAAAGUGUAUAUAGAGUGAAGUCUAUAAAUAUUUAUAUAUAUAUAUAUAUAUAUAGUGAUGUUAUAUAUGUGUAUACAGUUUGUGUGUAUAUAAAUGUACAUACUUGUAUGUUGUGUGACCUUGUUCAGCCUGUACAGUACAUAUAUUGUGGAUUUAUCAGUGGUUUGGUGUGAAAGUCUUGUAGCUUGUUACAUUUUUUUUUUAUGGGGAAUACGAACAGAUUUUGAUAUUGUUCACACUAGUAUAGUGGCUAGAAUGCAUUUUAAAAUAGUUCAGCAACAUGUGAGACAUGUUUGAUCAAGGAUUAGGAAUUGAGACCUUUAAUAAUGCCCAUUACAGAACAUCGAAAGUUUAAAAAAAAAUAAUUUCAUUUGAUGAGAUCUAUCAAAAUUAAGUUGUUUUUUUGUUUGUUUUUUUUUAAAUACUGGUACUGUUUGAAUAAAGGUAUUUUAUUUUUCAAGGUUUCUAAAUCUGAUAAAAUUAUUUUAGCUUUGUCAUAGGUUCACAUUAGUUUGACUCACUUGUUUCUAAAUUGGAAUCAUAUUGUAUUUUGUGACUGGUCUUUUAAAAUUAAAGUUACGACAUUUAUCUUAGAGUAUAAAAUUGCAAAUUAAGGUCAACAUUAUUUUUCAUAGUUUUUUGUUCUUUUUAAUGCAGGUACAUAACUAUACAAGACUCAAUUUAGUGACAAAUCACACUUGACUAUCCAACCUUCAAAAUGUAUAAAAUUGUAAGCGUUUGAAUCAGUGUGCAAGUACAGAAAAGUGUGUGGCUAGUGAGGAAUGGCAAUAUUUAGUUUCAAUAUCCACACACAAAAUGAAUGAAUUAUUCCUAGGCGUUUUCUCUUGAUGUUACUGGUGCAACACACCUUGCACUUGCCAUCUUGUUAUUUUGAAUGUCUUUGAAAAACCUGUAUGCAUUUUCUUCUGGUUUGAAAGGCCAGGGGACUAAACCCAAUAUAUUUUUAUUGAUAUAUAAAUAUGUUCUUUAUUCUUUUUUAAAAAUAAUUUUUGUGUAUGAAUUUACAAUGUGCGUUUGUGGGUAACUAAAUGGUGUAUUCAUCUAAUUAUUUGAACCAAUACAUUGGCUUGUUGAAUUCUGUGUCCUAAAAGUUGCCAGCUGUCAAUAAAACUUAAAUUACUAUCAAAUAAAAAUUAAGAUAUUUCCUCAAGAUGUAGAUGGUGACGACCAUAACUGCAAUUUAUCUUCAGACUUUAUCCACAUUGUUAACUGGAGAACUUAUCUCGUUAACUGGAGAACUUAUCUCGUUAACUGGAGAACUUAUCUCGUGGAUGUUCAAACUGAUGUUCCUUUCAUUGGAACUGAAACUUAGCCUGUAGAGCUAAAGAGAAACUCAAGAUGUCUAGGUGUGGGUAAGACAGCUAUAACCAAAGUCCUGCACUGACCAGGGGAAACUCAAGGGCCAGCAGAACAAACUUCAGAGAGAACAUUUCUCAUCUCCCACAAAAUCUGCAAACCUUCUUUCCACCUCUUCCGUUAUUGAUAAAAUAUUACAGAGGGCUCCAAAUAGUGUGUGUGUGUGGGGGGGGUUGGUCUUGGAAGUGUCUGCCCAGAUCUAAAUAAAUGCAAAACUAUUUUUUUUUAAAUCUAGUAUAUUAGAUUUGUUAUAAUAUUGUAAUCAAUGCAGCCCAAAUCCUAGACAAUAGCUAUUUGCUCAUCCUAACUUGUAUCAUUCUGACAGCCAUUACAGCAGUGUUCUUGUGGCCUUGAAUGUUUGAUCAGUCUGACCUGACUUAGGAUGUUGCUGGUCCUUGUUCCCCCCCCCCCUCCUCCCGUCAGUGUAGAAGUUAUUUAUUUCACCCCCUUGUCUUUCUCUCAUUCCACUAGAGCAUUCAUUGGUUUCAUUUUUCCAAUCAAAGAAUUUCAAAGCCAGAAUGUAAGCAGAAGUGACCAAUCAGAGAGAGUGUGUGUGUGCUUGAAUGUGUCACCAUGAUUCAAAUCUACUGUUUUCAUUGGCUGGUUCUGUGAUGUAGUAUAUACCACCCUUGUAGUCAAUGACAGUACUAUGUUUUUUUUGUCAUGUAGUGAUUUUCUUUUCCUUGGGUUUUCCCUUCCCAUCAUACAUUGUGGCUUUUUACUUGUUUAUUUUGCUUUCAUUAAUAGCUUUUUUUUUGUCUUUACCCCUUUGUUCUGAUUGUAUAAUGCAAUGUAUAAGAAUGUAGAAGACAGAAUAUAGGGCAAACUGUAGACUUUUUUCUUCUUACACUGAGGCUGGUGUGUGACUGUAUGUACAGUAUCCUAUAAAGUUUUAUCAGAAAUAUUUUUUUUUGUUCAAUUUAUGAAGAAGAAGAAAAAAUAUAACAAUGGCACCAUGUUUUUUUUUUUAUGUGAAGUUUUAUUUCCUUUGUUUGACUUCCUUGUUUUGUUGAUGUUAAGUUUGUGCUAUAACUUUGAAUGACAGACGGGAGAAACUGAAUGUCAGGAAGUGAUGAUAUAAAUGCUAUACAAAUAAAUAAAACAAAAGUA